UAAAAAUGACGUCAUUUUCCUGCGCCCGAAGCGCCACUGCGAGCUCGAUGUAGGAGGCAAAAUUUCGGCAUUAACGCUCAGAAUCAUGGCCUCCAGACCAGCGAAGGGUAAGAAGGUGGUGAAUCAGGAUGAACUGCGGCGGCUGAUGAGGGAGAGGAAGCAGCAGGCCGAGCGGAAGAAACGCGUCGACUCGCCGUACGCUAAGUACAACAGCCUGGAGCAGCUGAGCUGCGUGGUGUGUAACGUGCAGGUCAAGAACGAGAUCCUGUGGCAGGCUCACGUCCUGGGAAAACAACACAAAGACAAGGUGUCUGAGCUCAAAGUGGCCCAGCAGAGCGCAGAGAAGGUCCCUCAGGCUCCACAGACAUCCACACAUAAGAGGAAGGCUUCAGAACCGGAAGUGCACGAUGGGAAAAAAAAGAAGGCGUCAAACAGUGUGGUCCUCCAGGGUAAGACUGGGACAAGUGGUGCAGGACUUGGACUUCUCGCUGGACUGUAUGAUGAUGACGAUGACGAAGAUAAGGGUGACGUUCCAAGCGAUGUGAAGCAGAAAGGUCCUGUUACAGAUGCACUUCCUUCCGAUUUCUUCGACAGCAGCGUUCCCGGGAUCCCGUCCGCCACACCCGUGUCUCACUCGGGCUCGGUGUCCAAAGCCGAGGUGGAAAAACCAGCGGCGGAGAAGAAGGACAACGCGGUGGAGACGAUUCCAGAAGGCUUCUUCGACGACCCGGUCCGAGACGCCAAGGUGCGAAACGUGGACACCCCGAAGGACCACAUGGACAAGGAGUGGGAGGAGUUUCAGAAAGAGAUGCGGCAGGUGAGCAGCGCCUCGGAGGCCAUCGUGGCCGAGGAAGACGAGGAGGGGCGUCUCGAGAGGCAGAUCGACGAGAUCGACGAGCAGAUCGAGUGCCUGCGCAGGGUCGAGGUGUUGCGCACCAAACAGGAGGCCAUCAAGGACAAGGUGAAGAAUAUGACGCUGGAGGACGAGCGACGGCUCUCGGGGAGUGGCAGCGACGUGGAAGAGGAGGACGAGGAGGAACUGAUGAACGUUUUGGGGAGAGACUGGCGGGCCAAAGGAGCUCUCGCGUAGCUUCGUGGAUCUGAUUUAGAGCUCAGGUUGUUCUUUUGUUCAAAUUCUUUUCUUUUUGUACGUUUUUCCAGGUGCGAAUCACAUCGUCCAUGAAAUCCACCACCCAGAUCUUUCACUUUUUCAGCUCAAAUUGAAACGAAAUGUCCAAACGUGAACGUUAAGCUGCAGUUACUCAACAUGAGAUGAACUGGUCCUUUGUUGUCUUUCAUAAAAUAAAAGAUUUCCAUUUGAUGUAAA